AUGAUAUCACUCGCUGUUAGGAAAGUAUUUGUCUUAUUAUCAUGUACAUUUCUAGGAUUAAUAUGUGGUACCCUAUAUUUGUAUUCGUCCUAUAGUCCGCAAUUUGCAAAAAGGUUAAACUAUACAGUUACUGAUUCUUCGUCAAUAGCCUUAUCAGGCACCAUAGGUAUAGCUGUUGCUGGGCCAUUGGCGGGAGGCGUCGUGGAUAAAAAAGGUUACACAGUGGCACUCAUUAUUGGUGGUUUGUCCAUUAUUUCUGGUUACUUAGGUAUGAAGAAGCAGUACGAUAAUCAGUACUCACACUUGCUCGUGUCUUCUUCAUUUCUAUUUUUAAUAGGAUGUGGAUCUACUUUUAUAAAUUCGGCAUGUAUGAAAUGUUGUGCUGUCAGUUUCCCUAGUAUUAGAGGUGUAGCCACGUCGCUUCCUUUGGCUCUCUAUGGGUUGAGUGCCUUAUUCUACUCGGUAAUUGCUUCAGUUUUCUUUCCAGGUAAAACGUCCGAGUUCUUAGGGUUUUUGGCUUACUCGUCGGUGGGAAUUUUUGUGAUUUGUUCACCAAGUAUUAUGUUAUGCGAUAAGGAACAUAAAAACCGAAUAAAGAAUAGACAUAUCAAUACCGAAUCGAUUGAAAUGGCUACUUUAGCACCAACACACAGUCCUGGACCAUCCUCACAUCGGAAGGGACCAAGUCCAUUAAAGUUAGAUGGCCCACGCGAUGAAAAUUUGAGCGGAAUUGGUUUGAUAAAAUCCUACAGAUUCUGGUUUAUUUUCAUUACCACUGGUUCAUUGGCCUCUUUGGGUCAAAUGUAUAUCUAUUCAGUUGGAUACAUGGUGAAAGCCUUAAUUACAGAACAGGUUCUGAAUUCUGAUACGGUUGCAGCGAUUUCCCAGCCUCAGGUAGAGGCCUUAAUCCAAAAGAACCAACAAUUGCAAGUAGGCUUACUCUCAAUCGCUAAUUGUGUGGGGAGAAUUGCAUCGGGGAUUGUCGGUGAUAUUAUUUCCCAGUCGUUUCAUAAGCCAAGAUCAUGGCUUUUAUUUUUACCAAGUUUGGGGUUAACGAUAACCCAAACUAUGGGAUUGCAAAUUAGCGAUCUUUCGGCGUUAUCUACGAUGUCAUUAUUGACUGGAUUCUUCUAUGGGUUUACAUUCUGCAUUAUGCCUAUUAUUGUAGGUGAUUCAUUUGGGAUGGAUAACUUCUCGUCUAAUUGGGGGGUUGUUGGAUUGGCACCUAUCUUACCGAGCUAUUACUUCACUAGUUUAUUCGGUAAGGUGUAUGACACCAAUUCAGUAAUAUUGCAAAGUUCUGGAAUCUCUAGCUGUACAUUAGGUAAGAAUUGCUACAAUUCUGUUUUUAAGUUGACUUCAGGCGUUACAAUUUUAUCGUUGAUAGCUGUGACUUUGCUUAACUUUCGUAAUACUUCAUUAAGCAAAAGAAAGCAUUAG